AUGACAGUAAAAAAGGAAUUGAAGUUCGUCAUCAGUGGGGCUGGUUUAAUAGGAUUACUUGUUGCGCAUUCAUUGAAGUCCAGAAACAUUGACUUUGUAAUUUUUGAUCGAGAUGAAAACGAAAGAGCCAGGGUAGCAUCUGGCUGGGCGAUAACGCUACAUUGGGCAUUAGAAACAUUUGAACAAUUAUUACCGAAACACUUGUUGGAUCAGAUCUAUGAUGCUGAAGUCAGACCUAAUUUUCAUAAGGUAGAUACUGGUAAUUUCAAGUAUAUAAAUGCAUCCUCAGGAGAAACAAUCAUCUCUAUUCCCCCCUCUCGAAGGCUUAGAAUAAGGAGAGAGCAGCUUAGACAAAUCCUUUUGCAAGAUAUUGAUGUUAAGUGGAAUUGCAAGAUGGUGAAUCUUGACACUUCUAUCGAAAAUAAAAUAGUUGUGACAUGCUCCAAUGGUGAAUUUUUUAAAGGCGACGUGUUAUUAGGAUGCGAUGGCUCGAAUUCGAUCACUCGAAGGUUAGUUUGUCCAGACACCGGCAGUUUGUACCACCUUCCAGUAAGGUUUUGUGGUUCUAAAAUUAAAUUGUCUGGUGAAGAAGUCGAGAAAAUUUCAGAGAAGUUUGAUCCCUUACUUUUUCAAGGUACAAUUCCUUCCAAUGAGACCUUUUUUUGGUUUUCGAUGCUCGAAACACCUGAAUACACUAAGAAAAACGAUUCGUAUUAUGCGCAAGUUAAUUUGUCCUGGAAGUCCUCAGACGAUGAUGAGGAGCCAUUUAAAUCUAAUCACGCAAAGGCUAUCGCUAUGAUAAAGCAUGCAGAGGGCUUAAAUGAUGAUUUAUAUUGGUUGGUUAUGCGGGCUGCACAAAAUAAAGAUUCGAUUCAAGAGAUAAAGUUAUGUGAUUGGCCCUUGGUCGAGUGGGAUUCCAAGAACGAUAAGGUGAUACUUCUAGGUGACUCUGCCCAUGCGAUGACAAUGUAUAGAGGUGAGGCCGCAAACCAUGGUAUAACUGAUGUGAGUAAUUUUAUGCUGCAGUUAGAUGAGUAUCUUUCUUGUUCAAAGUCAUGGAGGGAAGUCGUCGCAACAUAUAGCCUGGAGAUUAAAGCUAGAGCAGCUCCUGCUGUAUUAUUAUCAAGAAAGGCUUGCUUGGAUGCUCAUGAUAUGACCCAAAUUAAUUCUUCUUCAGAGUCUCCUCUACUAGCAAUUAGAAAGAGACUUUAG